UGAAUUGCUAUCAUUUCCUUCCUAGCAGAGCGCGGAACUCUGGAGACCAAAGAGGUGUGGGAGUGGCCAUUCCCAAUUAGACUCCACCGCCCUCAGAAGGCAGGAGUUGGCUUAGUAUUAAAGCAGCUAACAUACACGUCAGGAGGUGGCCUUGAGGAGCUGAACGGAGACCCGCUGGACUGAUUAGAAAACAAGGACUGAUACCAUGGCGGGGAAGCCUAAGCUUCACUACUUCAAUGCACGGGGCAGAAUGGAGCCCAUCCGGUGGCUCUUGGCUGCAGCUGGAGUGGAGUUUGAAGAGAAAUUUCUAGAAUCUGCAGAAGAUUUGGAAAAGUUAAGAAAUGAUGGGUAUUUGAUGUUCCAGCAAGUGCCAAUGGUUGAGAUUGACGGAAUGAAGCUGGCGCAGACCAGAGCCAUUCUCAACUACAUUGCCAGCAAAUACGACCUCUAUGGGAAAGACAUAAAGGAGAGAGCCCUGAUUGAUAUGUAUACAGAAGGUAUGGCAGAUUUGUAUGAAAUGAUCCUUCUUCUGCCCUUUUGCCCACCUGAGGAAAAAGAUGCCAAGAUUGCCUUGAUCCAAGAGAAAACAAAAAAUCGCUAUUUCCCUGCCUUCGAAAAAGUGUUAAAGAGCCAUGGACAAGACUACCUUGUUGGCAACAAGCUGAGCCGGGCUGACAUUCAGCUGGUGGAACUUCUCUACUUUGUGGAAGAGGUUGACCCCAGCCUUAUCUUCAGCUUCCCUCUGCUGCAGGCCCUGAAAACCAGAAUCAGCAACCUGCCCACGGUGAGGAAGUUUCUGCAGCCUGGCAGCCCAAGGAAGCCUCCUACAAACGCGAAAUCUAUUGAAGAAGCAAGGAAGAUUUUCAAGUUUUAAUAAAGCAGCCAUGGAGGCCAAGCAUAUGCAAGGCCAAUAUUCUAAAGCUUUGCAACAAUAAAGCGCUUUACCUAACUGUUGAUUGUGCCUGUUGUGAAGCUUAUGAACUCUUUCCACUUAUAUGCUAAUUAAAUAAUAAAAAAGUCCUAUUUGCCGACUUA